GAGGGAUUCGUUUCUAUCUCUCUCUGCAUUUCCAUCUCUACCACGGUUCAGGUGCACGACGUCCUUUGAGCGAGAAGCAGCGCGAGCCUCCGCCCCCCGAAUCCCGGCUUCCCGACCGUUCCUGCCAUCUACACCGUCUAGACGCCGUCCAUCAACGCCUCAAAACCAGAAGUUCCCUGUCAACAAAGGGGCCACAACAAUCUCAAGAGCAGAUAUAAAAAGCCCAUCUACAACUACCUGCAAGCAUCAGCAAAGAUACAGCAAGAAUGACGAUCCGCCGUCUCCUCACUUCCCUCGCAUCCCACCCCCCCUCGCCCACCUCCACCUCAGCCCCUGCCGUAUCCCGCCUCAUCCCCCCAUACCACCACACUCACAACCCUGCCACGCCUCCCACCCUCCGACCGCCAUACUCUUACUCUGCUUCCCAUCUCCAGGCACUGCCUAGUGGGCAAAAUGGCAAGGGAAAGACUUUAAAGGCGAGCGUGAACUAUGAGAUUGUGAAGCAGCAGCAGCAUGAAGUGGGCGUUGAUGGGUGGACUGCUUGGGCUGAAGGGGUGUUGACCGAUGAGGCAAAGAGGGCCGAGGUGGAGAGACUCUGGGCCGAGACCUUGGUCGGUUUGGAGAAUGUCAAGGUUUCUGGUAACCAAAUCCCUCAAAUCACAUUCCACUCCCUCGCCUCCCACCUCUCCUCCCCCUCCACCAUCGACGCUAUCCGCCAGACUGGUUCUGUCGUAAUCCGCGACGUCGUCCCCGAUGCUCAAGCUAUCAACUGGGCGAAAGAAGUGUUGCAGGGUAUCGAAGAUGUCGAUGGUCGUAGUAUCUACUGGCACCCCGCCCUGCUCUCUGCCCGCGCGGACCCCUCAAUCAUCUCCGCCACCGCCCAAAUCUCCCGCGCCCUCCUGCCCACCGAAGAGAUCUAUCUCAAAGCAGACACCGUGCGCGAAGGUCUCUCUCCUCUGCCCGCUCGGCUUGCUCCUGCGUCUAAUGGCAAUCCGUGGGGGGCGGACCGCGCUCUGGGGGCCAGUUUGGCAUUGACGCCGACUCUGGGGGCAGCGGCAGCGGCGGCAGGCGGUGGCGGUAUGGGGCUGGAGACGAGGGUCCCGCCGACAGUCCACGCUGCGACCUACACCCUCCUCCACCCGCUCUUCCGUCCUCACAAAUCAAAGAUCUCAUUCUACAACGCCGCCGACUAUCUCAAAGCAGACAACUGGUUCCUCUCCCCUCCUUCUUCCACUUCCAAUUCCAUAUCUUCUUUGCAAGGAGGAUACGACCUCCCUCACCUCAAGGGGACAGAAGUGUCCCUCCCACCCCUCUUCCCAGGCGACCUCAUCCUUUACCACACCGCCCUUCCCUUCUUCCCCUCCCCCUCCUUUACCUACGCGCAGCAGGCGAGCGGUCAGAUCUUCCUCCCCCUCAACCCUGUCGAAAAGCUCGCCAAAGGCAGUACAGAGUGGGUCACAAAGCAGAAAGAAGCGUUCGAGCACGGGCUGCCUCCGCCCGACGCUAGCGCCAGUGCCAGUUUCGUCGUGGAUGGCGAAGGGUUGUUUGUGAAGGAAGCCGAGGGUGAGAAGAGCGAUAUUCCUAGUAGAGCUGGGAGAGAGGUCAUGGGGUACUAGGAAAUGGGUAAUGAGAAGUGUUGGUAUUUGUUCAAAAAAUGGUCUGGUGUAACUAGGAUCGCCCGCCCGCUUUUGUUCUACUUGUCGUCUUUUGCCUUGCUUUUACUGUUUGCUGUUCUCGGAAUCAAAGUUGUCUUCAGUAAGAUGUUUUGAGGUCUUCGGUGCCGUCUAGUAGGAAGAAGUUGUACUUUAUAUAUCGCAGUUGAACGUUUCCCAUGAAAGAGUGGGAAGAAAGAAGAACGGAAUCGUCAAAAGUUGUAAUCUGCG